GCCUGUAUAGGAUGAGGGGGGGGGAAGAUCCGUUAUGUAACGGGUUGUCUAAUCAACUUACACACACUACAGGGUGUGUGUGUGCGUGUGUGUGUGUGUACCGGUAGGCAGACCUCUUUACCUCUUCUCCUAUUGGGCAACACUGCUGUAGUCUGAUACUCAGGCUAUGUGCAGAUAAAUACAAAGGCCGAAUCCCAAUCGCACAUCAAGUGCUCUACGCAGGCCGCACAGGCCAAUAGUUCCACAUCAGAGCUAGUGCACUUAACGUAGGGAGUGAAGAGAUAUUUGGUAUUCGGCCACAACAGUCAACUCAACUUGUGGACCAUGAAGAAAGGCUUGUCUCAGCGAGGUUAAUGAUGGCCAGAAAUAGUACAGACCGUUCUUCGGGAUGUUUAUCAGUCGGAUUCUUUUGAGGUAAUAUCUGAGUAAAACAAGAGGAUAAAGUUCUCGCAGAGUUCUUGCCCGCUAGCUAACGGCAUCCGUUAGCAUAAACACUUCCUUUAGUCCAAUGCCGAACCGUAAGAGAUUUAGCUAGCAGCCCGUGAACUUAGAAACGUGAGUAUGUGUUUGUUUGUAGUGCGAGUAUUUAUUAUAACACAUUUAUUAAACGCGUUAAAUUGCAAAACGCGUUGUUUUGCGUGUACAUUUGUUUGAACGAGACUUGUGUAACUGGGGUUAGUUAGUUAGCUGCGUUUACAGUAGCUACAGUACGCGGUCACUUGACCAAGCGUGAAGAAAAGUGAUUUCCAUAGCAACUAGCUAAUUAAAUAAAUUAAAUAUAUUAGCGUUGUUAGCAAGUUCUUAUAUCGUAAUGGUGGAUAAACUACGCAGCAUAGCUUUAGAAAUGUUUGUCGGCAUCAACAUUAGCUAGGUUUGUAAUGCCUUAUUCACAGCUAGUUACCUCUUUUCUAGUUCCUAUUAUUCACUAGCGAAAGUCGCUAAGAAGUCUAGUUAAACUAGCUGAGUGUGUGUGUGUGUUUUUUUCUUUAUUUCUUUUUAAUGUUUAGUUAAGUUUGAGGGUUUUUUUUUAUUAAAUAUUAAAAUAUUUUUAAAAAAAACCACCCUUCCUUAGCUACCUCAGGUGGAAAAUAAAUACAUACAAGCUGAAAUAUUUUGCGUCCAAACUAUCCAUCGUUUCCUUUUGGUUAUUCUGGGAACCAUUUUGUAACGUUUUGGGAACGUUUUAUUUUUGGUAAUCAUACAAGACAUAUUUUCAAAGUUAAAAAACAUUUUUUUUUUUAGUUCUUUUAUAUGUAUAUAUUUCAGCUUAUACAAAGUUGUAUUGGGAACUAAAACUCGGAACAUUUCCCGGGAAAGUUUCAGGAACUUUCUGGAAACCAGUACUUGUUAAUUAGGUAACUGUUAUAACUAAGCCAUAUAACUAAGUUAGUUAGAUAUAAACGGGCUGUUAACAUUAUAUAAUUGUGUGUCUUUUAAGAACGUAUUCCUCUUGAACAUAAAAACAGAAAAGGUUUACGGUACGACUUUAGUGUGUAAAAUUCUUUACGGUCACCUAGUACAGGUAGUUUUGCUGAAAUCUGAUGAGGCGCUUGGAUCUCGUGGACGCGGUUCAAUUCAUAAUCUUUAAUGUUAUACAGUCGAUCAUUGUCCGCGUUAAUAUGUGCGAAACUUCACUGGCUAGCUUUAUCUAGUGUCUCGGCGAGCUCUGAUCUCCUCUGCAGAAAAUAAAUAAAUUUAAAAAAUGCCUGUAGUAUAUUCAAAACUUCCCUCGCAGCUGAAGAGGUCUUCAGCAGCAAAGAAAGCGGUCUUCCUCCUCGUCGCUGCGUACGGAGCGAAAAGACUCUACCCGUACAUUUCUGAAAGGCUUAAAGGACGGUCUGAUCCUCAGCACGGUAGACUGAACGUGCAUCAGGCGAACGGGGAGCCCCCGGAGGUCAGGGAGACGCAAAAGAGGAAGAGAAACUCUCCGUCUGUGAACCGAGAAUUCUUUUUGCGCUUAAAGCGGCUCCUGGGAAUCCUUUUCCCUCGGCUUUUCUGCAAAGAGCUGGGUCUGCUGGGUUUCCACUCGAUCGCUCUCAUUUCACGCACGUUCCUGUCUAUUUACGUAGCCAACUUGGAUGGUAAAAUCGUGAAGACCAUCGUGAAAAAAGACCCCCAGGCAUUUGUGUGGGAGUUAACCAAAUGGCUCCUGAUCGCUAUCCCUGCAACGUUUGUGAACAGCACUAUCCGUUAUCUGGAAGGCCAGCUAACCCUAGCUUUUCGCACCAGGCUUGUGAGUCAUGCCUACCAGCUCUACUUCAGCAAUCAGACCUAUUACCGUGUCAGCAACAUGGACGGCAGGCUGGCCAACCCAGACCAGUCUCUGACAGAGGACAUGGUGAUGUUCGCCGGCUCUGUGGCCCACCUGUACUCCAACCUGACCAAGCCCUGCCUGGAUGUGGUGAUGACCUGCUACACGCUGAUUAAAACGGGGCAGUCUAAAGGUGCCAACACGACUUGGCCUUCGGUGAUCGCCGGCAUCGUGGUGGCGCUCACGGCCAAAAUCCUGCGGGUGUUUUCCCCACGCUUCGGCAAGCUGGUGGCCGAGGAGGCCAAGCGGAAAGGGGACCUGAGGUACAUGCACUCACGCAUCAUCGCCAACUCGGAGGAGAUCGCCUUCUAUGGGGGUCACAAGGUGGAGAUGUCGCAGCUGCAGCGGAGCUACGAGGCGCUGCGCUCGCAGAUCAACCUGAUCCUCUUCAAGCGGCUGUGGUACGUCAUGCUCGAACAGUUCCUCAUGAAGUACCUGUGGAGCGCGUCGGGUCUCGUCAUGGUGGCCGUGCCCAUCAUCACCGCUCCGGGUUACUCCUCACGUGAUACAGAGGACGUGAAGCAGGCAGUGAUGGUGAUGAAGGAGGAAGAGCUGGUGAGCGAGCGCACGGAGGCUUUUACCACAGCCAGGAAUCUUUUAAACGCGGGAGCCGACGCUGUGGAGCGGAUUAUGAGCUCCUACAAGGAGGUGACGGAGCUGGCAGGCUACACGGCGCGUGUGUAUGAGAUGUUUGAUGUGUUCGAGGAGGUGCGUGUCGGUGUGUAUCGCCGAUCAGUCGAGGACCCACAGGGCACAGAGAACCAAGGCGGUUCACGUGAGGUGAAACACGGGAUGAGGUUGGAGGGGCACUUGCACGUUAGGGGUCAAGUGAUUGACGUGGAGCAAGGCAUCAGGUGUGAGAACCUGCCUAUUAUAACACCCGCAGGCGAUGUGGUCGUGUCCAGCCUCAACAUCAAGGUGGACGAAGGAAUGCAUCUGUUAAUCACGGGCCCGAACGGCUGCGGUAAGAGCUCGUUGUUUCGGAUCCUGAGCGGCCUGUGGCCUGUGUACAGCGGCGUCCUGUACAAACCUCCGCCGAAGCACAUGUUCUACAUCCCACAGAGGCCGUAUAUGUCCGUGGGCACUCUGCGGGAUCAGGUGAUUUAUCCCGACACGGUUCAGGAGUUGCAGGAGCGAGGGUUCACUGAUCAGCAUCUGGAGGGAAUCCUGCGCACCGUCAACCUCCUCUAUAUCCUCGAGAGGGAGGGAGGUUGGGAUUCGGAAAGUGAUUGGAAGGAUGUUCUGUCUGGAGGAGAGAAGCAGAGAAUGGGCAUGGCCAGGAUGUUCUACCACAAGCCCAAAUACGCUCUCCUGGACGAGUGCACCAGCGCCGUUAGUAUCGACGUGGAGGGCAAAAUCUUUGAAGCCGCUAAGGAUGCUGGGAUCGCGCUUCUCUCAAUCACACACCGUCCAUCUCUGUGGAAGUACCACACCCACCUGCUGCAGUUCGACGGCGAGGGUGGCUGGCGCUUCGAAAGGCUCGACGCGUCCACGCGGCUCUCGCUGCAGGACGAGAAGCUGCGGCUGGAGACACAGCUCUCGGGGAUCCCCAAGAUGCAGCAACGUCUGUCCGAACUGUGCAGCAUUCUGGGUGAAGACAGCAGCCUGGCGAGCCCCACGGAGACGGAGGGGGAGCGACAGGGGGAGGAGGAGAGAGAGAGGAAGCAGCAGGAGGAGAGGGAGGAGAGAGACGCGCUCCCCGGUGAACAGGGACAGGGCCUUAUGGAGUGAUUCGAUGCCAGGAGACGGAGAUGAUUUGAAAGCCAGCUGUUUGUGUGAGCGUGUCUGUGCGUGUGAGUGUGUGUGAGUGUGUCUGUGUCUGUGCGAGUGUGUAAAAUUAUUAGCUCUGAUGUGGUCUUUAGGGACUUUCCUUAACCACGUUUUCCACUGCAUGCAUGUUUGUGUGUGUGUGUGUGUGUGUGUGUGUGUGUGUGUGUGUGUGUGUGUUAGAGGUUGGAAAAGCAUGAGGCUCAUGCCAGUUCUUGCAGGUGCAGCAGAUGAUGAAAGCUGCUCAAUCCCAUGUUAUUACAAUUCUCUACAGAAUUUGCAGAAACUCUCUGGCACCCUGGAUGUGUGUGUGUGUGUGUGUGUGUGUGUGUGUGUGUGUGUGUGUGUGUGUGUGAGGGAGUGAGAACGGAGAGAAGGGAGUCAUUUGGGAAAGGGCUGCUGUCAGACCACUGACUGCAGUUGUGUUGUACUGUUCUUUCUAAUAACAGUUUCACGAUGCCGAUAUAACGUUAGGGAUUACCACUCAGUGCUGUAGGCUUCUUUUUGUGCUGUUUUUUGUUUGUUUUUUUUCACAAAGGGCAGAAGGUUUGAUUUUAUACUCCGUCAGUUUGAUGGUCAGGAGUGGUUUGUGAAACUAUGAAUCAGGGUUGGGCAAUUAUGCCAAAAACUUGCAUCACGAUACGUACAACUUUCUCCGAAUUUAGUUCUUGUUCCCCUCCUCUAGCUAGGCAUCCCCAGUCAUACGACACUUACUGUACCAAUCUUAGAGGAUGAAGCCUAACUUGUUUUAUUUAACACGCUUGGAGGAGAGCUCUAACUGUACUGUUCUGUAUUCACGAGAUGAGUAACUCCACAGUUCAGUAUGAAAUCAGUCGUCAGUAACAGAGUACCUGUGAUGCAGUCGGUUUCUCUUUUUAUCAGGGUAUCGAGAGCUCCGAAUACGCUCGUAUGGGUGGAGCUAGAAAUGGUGCAGAUGGCUGAUUGGUCAAACAGGCGCUGUUUAACUAACUGGGCAUGGAUGGCUGUGGAAUUGUCAGGAUUCAAACCUGACAAAAGAGCAGAAUCUUAUACAUUUGCACAACUUGAGAACCCGCUUGUCCGAGUGUUUAUUCCUCUUAAACGACUUGCCAACACCGUACAAGUCGCUGUUACUAUAGCAAUAAAAGAAGAAGAAGAAGAAGAUUUUAUUAUUCUUGCGGCCUAAAACGUGUGAUUUUUGCUGCGGCUUUUUUCUAAAUUUGAGAUGCAGCUUAUGUGAAACUUGAAUCAUCACGCCGUAGAUGUUUGUUGGUGAAUGAGACCUUUUUAGCCGUACUCAUGUUCGUGCAUCGUAGAGGGCUUUGGCCGAACGCACGCUGUGACGACGUCACAUGCCGCGUCUUAGCCCAAAUCCGCGCUAAUUUUGACUGAUUCAUUUCUGCAGUCGCAAAAUCGCGACGUCCUGGAGGGACUGAUAUAGAAACGAUAACAUAUUCGAAAAAUAAAACUCUAAUAUAAACUCUUGACUUGUCUUACAGCUCGCAGUACGCUCAGAGCUGCUGCUAAAGAAAAUGAAUCGGCACCUUCAGACCAAUCGGGUUUGAGAAUUCGACAACGCCACUAGCUGUUUGCUUUUGUGACUAACAUUCGGUCAGUGUUGCGUAUCGUGAUAUCGAUGUUGCGUUGUCAUGUUUCCCAACCCUACUAUGAAUGAAUGAUCGUGCGAAAGACAAUGAGCCGUGGUGUAGCGACCCGCUCCGGUAAACGGUCGCUACUCACUACGGUUCACUCAGCGAGAGCUGCCUGUAAGGAAGCGCGCUAACUUCCCUUGUUUUAUCUUUGCUGUAGCGAAUUGAUCUAAUCCAUCACUGUAGAUGCAUCUCGAUUCACUUUUAUUACCAUUCUCUGGACUACGUUAGAUUUAGUAGAGCUUUUACUCUUUAAAGGACUUUGUUUAAUCACAGUGAUGUAAAAAAAAAAAAAAAACAAACCCUGACGUCUAAUGUUUAUGCGCACAAGUAAGUAGAUCGAGUAAAUGCCACUUUGAGCCAGGAACGCGGCGUGAUAUAUCAGAAAUAUAUCAGCGGUUUAAUACGAUCUUGUUCUAACAGUGAAGGUUUGUUUUUAUUAGAUUACCUCCUCUUAUAUAUGAUGAAAGUGUCCUUCAAAUUUCAGUUUCAUUCAGAAACCAAACUGAUUUUGAACUCAAUCGAUUGACUGGUGUUGGAUCGUAGGCAAAAAAAAAAAAAUAAAAUAAAUGAAUUGCUGCUUUAAGAAUGUUUAAAUGUGCCCACUAUGUUUAUAAAAUUGAUUUUUAUGAUCCAUGUUGUUUAGCCUAAAAGUAAUAAAUUUAAGUCAGAUUUUGCACAGAUGGUUUUGUAUCACGAAUAUCGAUGAUACGGUAUAAUCCGAUGAAUUUUCCACGUAGCGCAUGUGUUAAAAUAUGACUCUUUCAAAACUAAUAUUGUGAACUUUAUUUGAAUUUUUUAUUUUUAUUAUUAUUAUUAUUUUCAAAUGUUAACUUUGGAUAUACUUCGACUCUGUGAUAGAGAUUUAAUUUGCACAUUUGCCUGCAUGACUUUAGAUUAUUUUCCCAUGUUCGUAGAAUCUAAUAAAUCCCAUCGUUUAGAAAUCCA